CGGAAUGACUGCUUCUUUUCUUUUUGAUCAGGGACUCCGAGUUCCUACACCGCCGUUAUGGGCGAACCACCAGAGUCUGCUGGCGCCUCCUUACACCAAAUGGUUGAGAGGGUGGGAAAGAAUGAGUUAGGGUUAUGUAUCGGGCAGAGGGUUCAUGUUGCUGGAAACCGGCGAAGGAUCGGAACGGUGUGUUACAUCGGGCCGGUGGAAGGCCACGCCGGUGACUGGGUUGGCGUCGACUGGGAUGACGGCGAUGGGAAGCACGACGGACGAGUCAAUGGAGUGCAGUAUUUCAGGGCGACCAAUGAGCAAUCGGCGUCGUUUGUUCGCUUGAAAAACCUAAGCGGCGGGAUCUCUCUUUUAGAGGCGCUGUAUCUCCGGUACCGGGGCGAGUCCACUAAACAAGAGGAAGAUGAAAUGUAUGUCUUUUCUUCAAGCAAAAGACGUGUGUCCAUACAACUUGUGGGGAAAAGUAAAAUUGAAGAGAAGUUAAAGCAUUUUGAAGAUUUGAAUAGUGCAUCGAUGCCUUAUUUUGGGGUUGGCUCAAUCAAUCCUUCACAAGAAAUCCGUAAUGUUGUUCCAAAUCUAAAGGAGCUUGAUUUGACAGGCAAUCUUCUUUCAAGCUGGCAAGAUAUUAAUUCCCUUUGUGAAGCUUUACCGUCUCUAGAAAUUCUCAAUUUAACUAAUAAUCUUUUGGAGGCUGAUGUACCAGAACUUCUUUCAUUUUCAAACAUUCGCAUUUUGGUACUCAAUAACUGUGGCGUAACUUGGAAACAGGUUGAAAGGCUUGGGCAGUAUCUUCACGCUGUUGAAGAGCUCCACCUCAUGGGAAAUAAGAUGACACUGGUAUGCACCAAAAUUACUAAUAUCAAAGGGUUUAAUUCAUUGCGCCUCUUAAAUCUGGAAAACAAUUGCAUUUGUUCAUGGGAGGAAGUUUUGAAGCUUGCAAAAUUAAGAAGGUUGGAACAGCUUCAUCUGAACAAGAACAAAUUGACUCAUAUAUUCUACCCAACUAAUCGUACUUUGCCUGGUUUACAAGAUACAUGUUAUGUACCAUUUGAAAAACUGGAAUGUCUUCUUCUAGGCUCUAAUCAAAUUGAUGACUUGGCAUCUCUUGAUUCUUUGAACUCUUUUCCUAACUUGGUGGAUGUCAGGCUUUCUGAGAAUCCCAUUGCUGAUACCACUAAAGGUGGUGUCUCAAGGUUUGUCUUGGUUGCACGCUUAGCAAAAGUUAAGAUACUAAAUGGAAGUGAGAUAAGCAUACGUGAGAGGAAGGAAUCUGAAAUUCGGUAUGUUCGUCUUGUUAUGGCAAUGAUGCAAUCAGCAGAUCCCCAGGAGAUAAAACUACAACACCCGAGGUUUGCAGAGCUGAAAUCCCUUUAUGAAAUUGAUGAUGAGAAGCCAUCUGCUGGAGUAUCAGUCCCUCAAAAGAUGUCUGCAGGACUUAUAUCCAUCACCUUGAUAUGCGUGGGAGCUUCCAUGGGAGAGAGGCAACCCUUGUCAAAAAAAUUACCGCCUACAACUACGGUUGGCAGGCUAAAGGUUCUUUGUGAGAGCUUUUUUAAACUGAAGGGUGUAAAGUUAAGGCUCUUUCUUCAAGAGAAGGAUUCCCCUUUGCCAACAUUGCUUGAUGAUGAUACCAUCCCUUUGAUGAAUGUUGGGGCUGGCAACGAGGCAACUGUUCUGGUGGAUGAAGAGAAUUAUCUUGUAUGACUAGUUUUCAUAUUCAUGUAUAUCUAUCAAGAUGAUGAAAAAUCAUUGUGUGGAUAUGGAUGUCAUUCUGAGACUAAUCAGAAUGCGCCACGUCAUACUUUUGUUGUGUACCGCGGUUGUGUACUUGUUGUGUACCAGGUGAUGUGGUGCGCUCUGAUUUAUCUCUGGACGGUCUGGUGUUCGCACAAAAUAAUUUUUCCAAGACGAGCGGGUACAUGAUAUGAUAAUUUCCUCUUUUGGAGAUUAUUUUUCUUUAAAUUUUGUGUUUGCAUAAUUGCAUCUACCCUUAUAUUUCACCUUUAAACUCAGUAUCACACAUCACAGUUGAUUGUGAUCUAUCAUACAAAGAAUAAUAUGCAACUGAGUUUCAGCAAAUUUCAUCUAUUCAACAUACAAAAAAUAUAAGAAUGAUCGAAUGAUAUAGAUGCUGUUUUA